AUGGGUCAACCUUGGGAUGCACAAUUUGACCGAGUAGCGAGCUCAAGGGCCGCUAGACCAGGGCUUCAGACAGCAAAUCUCGAUAUCACAGGCAUCUUCGUCGUCAACAAUCAACAGGGCCUUCCAAUUGAACUGUCGAGGACUGAUGAGAGCCAUCUACUUAACACGGGCUGGCCCCAUGUCCAGUCGCUCUGGCCCAUCCUUGGGGUGGGAGAAUUCCAGGCAUAUUACGAUGCCUUGUGGACGCCGGGACGCAAAACCCGUCAGCCAUCAGCUCUUGUUGACAGUUUACUUGCCAUCUGCAUGCAGGUCACCAGUACUGCUGUAUCCAAUGAAGCAUCUGGUGGCAGCGAUGUCCGGAUAGCCGGGCAACAGCUGUAUAAUCGCACCCGGCAACUGCUUCUACAAGAGGAACAGGCUGCCCCAACGCUAGCCACGGUGCAAACCUUCAUCUUCUCGAGCAUUUAUCUGCUGUACACAGACUGCAUUGAGCCCGCAUACACCACGAUUGACGGCGCAGUGCGCUUGGCAUAUGGACUAGACCUCCAUCACGAUCCCCCAGAAGGAAUGGAUGCGAGACAGCGUGAGGUCCGGCGCCGGGUAUGGUGGGCUUUGUAUACACUGGAGAGCUGUCUCACCACGAGUUUGGGGCUUCCAUCCCUUAUUGUCCAGGGCGAGGUAUCCUGCGGCUGGCCGACGAUCUCCCCGAUGGGUAGCUCCAAUUCGAAUCACUUCCAGGUGCACUGGGCCAAGCUGCUCAUGUCAUUCCAGAUUGUACGCACAGUCUUCGACCACCAACAGACAGAGCUUCUCCAGGAAACCCACGAGACCGACAUUCGCAAUCUACCAGGCCUCUUGGAGUCUCUCGCAGUGUUUAUGAUGCGACCUCUUAAGGCUAUCCGGGAAGGCCUUAAUGCAGUUCCUUCUCCGUUACGGAUCCCUCGAAAGGACGGUACUCGGGGGUUUUCAUUUCUCUUGAAAGGAGCCACUAUCAGCCUAGACGGUACAGCCCCCUUGUGGCUUCAGCGGCAGCAGUUCACCCUAGAAAUCAGCUACCACAGUCUGAGUCUGGCGGCCCUGCGGCCUUUUCUCUACCUGCAGGGCGGCGAUUCGGCCUCUAUUCCGCGAGCACAUGCGCACGCUGUCACCGGUCUGAAGCACGCCGUCACCUUAACGGUGAUCUGCCACCAGAGUCUGACCGAAAGUGAAAGUCUUGCGAGGUGUCUCCCGAUCUUCCGCUGCCAAUGGGACAGCUGCCUAUAUCUCCUAGCCUUCACUUUGGCCAACCCAAAGUGCAGUUUUGCUGCAGAAGCGCAAAAGGCAGUGGAUACUGCCUUGGACACAUUUACUAUUCUCGUAAAUGUUCUAGGGUUGCCGCGCCGAGCCUCAGAGAUCAUGAAUGAUCUCCGCAGGCGCGCAGAAGAAUUGGUCCAUGUGCCUGCAUACAUAGUUCCUCCCUCGAGCCAGCCAGCCUCGUGUAUUGACUCCGCAGCCGCGUCAUCUCCAGGAUAUGUUGUAUCUAGCGGUGUCAUAUCCAAUCACGACCAUCUAGGCGCGUUUGAUAGGGCCCAAAUGCCACCUACGGCUGACCCAUCAAUUGGCUCUGAUAUGGGCAGUUUUGAAAUUUUUACAGCAGCGGAGUCCGAGCUAUCGAUGGAAUCGGCGCUUGACGUGUCUAGCCUGGAACUGGAAGCACCGAGUUGGACCGACAACAGCAUAUUGGAUAUUGACAUGAGUUGGGUGGCGGACACUGUACUGGUUGAACCGUGGCAAAAUAGUAUGGAUCAUAUAUUCAGAUAGAG